AAUUAUACUAAAUUUCAUCUGCCAUUAUUGCCGUUUUAUCGAGUAAUUUUCUUAAAUGGAAGUGUCCUCUUAAUUCAUCGACAGCAGUAGGUAUGACAUGGCUAAGAGCCACAAAAGGUUGUACAAUUAUCUGUGGUCACGUGGACAGAUCGAACAGUCAAUAGUGUAUAACACGUUAUGUUGGAUGUAGCAAAUCUUUAUAUGGUUUUAAAAACGAUAAUGUGAAAAGAGACAACAAGCUAUUAAUGAUUGGUGACAAGGUGUAGAAAGUAAUUGUGAUUAAUGUCCUCAGGAGUUAAUUUAAGUAGAAAUGGCGGGAGAGGAAACCGGAAGAUACUUGUCUCCUCCCAGUACUGCGGGGGUACACCAUCAUCACAGAUCACGUUCAGUUAAAGGUAGACAAAGUUUUAGAGAGACAGAAGAAAGUUUCGCUUAUGAAAGGAAAAGGAGAAACAGCAUGCCGUCGGUCAAUAAAAUACAACUGUCAUCGUCGUAUACAGAUUUAGCAAAGGAAAAAGACAAGGAUUACGAUGAAAACUUACGUCGGGUCCGCUCAUUUAAAACAACUUCAAAGGGUGCUUUAGUGAAUAGAGGGGAUAGUUUUAAGAGAAAAACACAGAAAGAAAAACUUUUGACACUUGCUAAUCAGUCACGAGAGGAUAAUCUUAAUAAUGCUGGUAACAAUAAUCAACAAGUUACUGUAACGCUUAAAAGUUUUAACCCAGUAUAUCGUGUAGUGAUGUUAGGUCCAGCUGGAGUAGGCAAAUCUGCAUUGACCGAUCAGUUUAUGACGUCAGAAUAUAUUGGACCCACUGACAAUACAAGUAUUGAUAACGAAGAAGAGAAGAUAAUAACAGUACAACUAGACGGAGAAGAAUCGACCUUGAGUUUCAUUGACCCUGAAGAUGACGAGGUUGAUCUUGACGAGACUAAAGUAGAUGCAUAUAUAGUAGUAUUUUCGUCAAAUGACCGGAAUUCUUUCGAUGUAGCUGUAGAAACACUUCACCAGUUACGAGAGGAGUUAGCUACAGAUAAAGCAAUUAUACUUGUUGCCAAUAAAAUAGACUUAGCACGGAAACGCAAAAUUGAUAUAGAAGAGGCCAGAUCAACAGCAUUGAAGUACGACUGUAAAUACGCCGAGACAUCAGCAGCAUUAAAUCACCAUGUGGACGAACUGUUAGUCGGGAUUCUAAGCCAAAUAAGAUUGAAACAAAACCCGGAACUGGUACAGGAAAUUCCGGAUACACAUACCAAGAAACAUAAAGAAAGAAAAGGUUCAUUUAAAGUUGCAAAAGGACUUUUAAACAAAUUGUUUCGUAAAAGUAGCAAGAGAGAUAAAUCUUGUGAAAAUUUGUAUGAAUUGUAAUUGAACUCCAUGCUCAAACUGUAACAAUCAACUACAUAUUGUUUCAAGUGUUUGGCUGAGGAAAUAUUAAACCCUAUACCUUAAUCCAAAUUUUCAUAAUUAAAAGAAAAACUUUGUGUAACGAAAUAACAUAGAAAUUAUCCAUACGCUGUUUUAAUUAAGUUUGCUUAAAAUUAAUAUCAUGACUAUAACUCGGUUUUUUUUUUAUAGUUAGAACAAGCAGAAAUGAUCAAAUAGACAAAAAAGACAGCUAUGUAUAUUUUGUUUGUGUCAAAUUAUGAUUUAGUUAGAAAAAAGAAAUGAGUGAAACAUAUACAUUGAUAUAUAUAUACAAAGACCAUAACGAAUUGUUCAUGAUAUUCACAGUUCGUAAGCAAAUGUUUUUAAAAACUUAAGUGGGUGUGUACAUUGUGUCCCACUUAUCGUAGUGUAUCUACCAGUGAUUGGAUUGAAUCAUAGACAAAACGUGCUUCUGACGUACACUUUUUUAAUCUUUGUUUCUUUGGUGAGUUUAUUUAUAUGUAACGGCAAAUCAAUAUAAUAACACAAAUUUGCCUUAUGAAGUACACAUAUGUAGUGUGUAAGCUAUUAGUCCAAGCAUAUACAUGUUUUUAUUGAAUGAAAAAAAAUUAUAAUGUAAUGUCUACAUGCGCAAAGACUUUAUCAAAAUGUGUGCGACUUUAAUAUAUAUUUUCAUUUGAAAAUGCAUUGUCACAUAUAUUUCUGAAAUUGUAGCCAAUACCAUACACCUGCUUUUGUGCGCUGAACUUCUUAAUCGAUGAGUUAUAUAAGAACAAACCGUACAAUUCAUUAGAAAAUAUGUCAAUUGAUCAGGAUGGCACAAAGCCGCCCGCUACCACCGAAAAAUAAACCGCAAACUCAAAUUUGCAUCAGUGCAUGUCCAACGGAUUUAGUGUAAAAACGUCAUAAAACAGUCUGAUCUGGGUGGUUUUUUUUACAGAGACAGGUAUUGGCAAUUUGCAAAUAAGGUGAAACAGAUAAAACAGAUAAAAAAUAUUUUAUUCUGAAAAAUUCACUGCUCACGACGUCAUGGUUUCUCAAAAUGUAAUUUAGGAGUUCGACGAGUGUUACACAUCUGGUACCGUUAGAUACAUAUUGGAAUUGUUCAUAAAAAAAUCCAAUAUCAAGACUUAACAGUAAAUUCAAAAGCUAUUAUUUAAAAAUUAACUUAUGCAAAAAACAAUCUGGCAAAAUAUAAAAACUACACAUACGUCAGUAUUACUUGUAUUUGAGUGAUUGCGAUACUUUUCAUACAAACGUAACAUAAACAUAUAAUUCUACCAAAUAACUAUUUAUGUAGAACUACUUAUGAAAAAUCUGAAUAAACUGCUUGUAUUUCACUUCUAUUUAUUUUAAGGGCCUACUAGUUCAAUAGGACUGUUUAUUUUUUACUUGAUAUUCUAUGUAAAUAUGGUACUGAUGAUUUUAUGUUACAAAUGAAAAGGUAUAAUGGCAGUGUCUUACUCCUUGAUUUCGAAAAUAAAAAAAAAUAAUAUAAAUCAACCAAAAAAAAACCAACUUUCAGAUGUUUAGAAGACAUUAAUCUAUAGUUUGACUGUUAGUUUGAAUGUCAAUUUGAUAUCUUUUGAAUCUCUUUUAAUAUUUUUGCAAUUAAAGGGGGCAAAUAAUGUCUCAUAUACCUCCUCCCUUUUCAAAGCAAUAGAGUUCAGCGGUUGUUUAGAUGUGUUCUUUUUGCAUUGCCUUUGUAAUAUAUUUUGUAAGUGCAUUGUAAAAUAUAGUUUUCUUGUGUACUAUUUGUAAAAUGGAGUUAAGGUUAUGGAUGUAAAGACAAUUAGCAUAUACUAGAAUGAGAUAAAAUAUGAAAACCCCA